UAGUAUGGACUACAAUAGUGCCAGCCUGUAUUCGAAAAGCAACCCUCACGAGCGUGUCGUCAUCUGUUGGUUGCCAGUCGCGCAGCCGCGUAGAAUCGCCUGACGAUCGUCGUCAAUGGCAGUGACGACCCUUCUGUCACAGCGAGAACCUCUCCAAUGGCUCAUCUAUAAAUUUAUUUUUUACGAAAGGAAAGAGUUCAUUAUCGAGAAAAUUACCGUUAAAAAUUAACAAAAGAAGAGAAAACAUAACGGAGAAGAAAAUUGGAAGAAAAGGGGUGUAAAACGUGUGUGAAGUAGAGGGGUUGGGAGAAGGUGUGAGAGUCGUAGUGGGAAAGCAUCUCGGAGGCGAUGUUUGGGGGUGCGGAACUCCGUUUUCGCGAAGUCCAAAGGUUACGAGUCUUGCAACUCGAGAGAUCGGGAAAGAGGGAGGUUUCGUUGUGGAACGAUCCACGCCCCCGUGUCAGAUAAGAUUGUCCGAUCAAAUGUCUUCGCUGGAUCACAUGUCUACCAUGAUGACCACCUCGGCCAUAAAAACGAACCUAGAACAAACAAACGAUGAGAGAUGUAUCCCUCAAAACUCCAUCGAAGCGUUUUACGCGGACGCGGUGAUACUGAUCACCGGGGCAACCGGCUUUUUAGGAAAAGCUCUCGUGGAGAAGCUGUUACGCUCUUGUUCCCGUCUAGCUACUAUUUUUAUAUUGAUCCGCCCGAAAAAAGGCCAAACGGUCGAUCAACGAUUGCAGCAGCUACUACAAAACUCCGUUUUCGAUAGACUCCGAGUGGAAAAUCCGUCCGUGUUCGAGAAGAUCCAUCCGAUAAAGGGCGACGUGACUAUGCCAGACCUUGGCCUCUUACCCGAGGACAAACAGACGCUGAUACGAAAAGUGAACAUAGUAUUCCAUAGCGCAGCCACCGUGAGAUUUGACGAGCCAUUAAAAGUGGCCGUCAAUCUGAACACGAAGGGCACGAAUGAAAUAAUCGAUCUGUGCAAAAGCAUGAAAAACCUGAUUAGCUUUAUCCACGUUAGCACGGCCUACAGUAACGCGAACUUGAAGGAAAUCAACGAAGCCGUUUAUACCACAAAGGUCCAGCCUUCUACUGUGAUCAACAUGUGCGAGGACUUGGAUGAUAGCACGAUUGAAAUACUCGAACAGAAGAUUUUAGAGAACCAUCCCAACACGUACACGUUUACAAAGAAUUUAGCGGAGCAGCUGUUAUUAACAAGAGCAACGCAACUGCCUGUAGCUAUAGUCAGACCCAGUAUUGUAGGAGCGGCGCGAAAAGAUCCGUUUCCUGGAUGGGUGGACAAUUUGAAUGGGAUCACAGGUGUUAUGAUGGAGAUCUCCAAAGGUACCUUGAAGACAAUCGCGGCAGACCCAGAUAUAGCUGUUGAAAUUGUACCAGUAGACUAUGUUAUAGACACAUUGAUAUGCGCCGCGUGGCACAUGUCAAUGCAACAGAAUAAUUCCAUUAAAAUAUAUAACUGCACUUCAAAGAACAUCAUAAGGGUGCGCGACUAUCUAAAGUUUACACUGAAACACUCGAUACAACUGCCAACAAAGUAUAUGGUAUGGUAUCCAAGCAUCCAUUCCCAUAAGAACAAGUUAAUAGUCGAAACAAUGACCUACAUCUUAAAUUAUAUCCCGGCACUUGUUUUGGAUCUCUUCUCAAAUAUUAUGGGGCGCAAGGCCAUAAUGUUCAAAACUGCUAAGCGAAUGAGUCGAACCAUGCGAAACGGAACAUUCUUUGUAAUGAACGAAUGGAAGUUUCAACGAGAUAAUAUGGACGAUCUAUCGAAAAAAGCGAAAGCACUCAAGGAUUCCAAUAAUUUUGACAUCGAUAGGUGUAACCAUAAUUGGGAUACAUAUGUGCGCGAUUAUAUUCUGGGAAUUAGAAAGUAUAUUAUGCACGAUACUUGCUUCAGUAAAUUCCAAAGUCGUGUGUCGUUAUUGUACUUUAUACAUCGUCUUACCCAAGUGUCUAGUAUACUCUUCUUAUUGGUGAUAAUAUUACGUUUCAGUCAUUGACCACAAAAUUCUUUGAAAUAUUUGGAUUCGCUGUUUCAUUUUGCUAUCAUACUUGCAACCUCUCAUAACUUAUUUUUUUAUGUAUAUACUGUAAUGUAUAGUACCAUAUUGAGUGUGGUCGACUUAGUUAAUAAUUCAUUUGCGAUGUUAAAGUGCGAAACUAUGCUUUAAGAACUAUACUUUUAAAAGAAUACUUUGAAAUAUUCUGAUUAUCACGAGGCAAAAUGUCUCUCUUUAAAACAAACCGCCUAAAAAGAUUUCUUACAUAUUUCGUAACUUCAAAUACUGUGAAGUAUCGUUGAGUUUUUCACUUAUUGCUUGUCACAUUCAAAAUGACAAAGCUAUCUAUUGCAGAAUAUCUAUCGUGUACUUCCAAAAUCUGUAAGGGUUCUAAUACUCUCAAUUGUAUUCAGUUAUAUCGAGUUGUUUAAAAUAUAUGCUAAUUAAAAUCCUGAUUUUAAUUGCAUUCAAAGUGAUUGAUUUCAUAGUUUAUAAAAACUAUCGCAUUUUAUGAUGAUGUUAGAAAACCAUUUCCUAUGAAAUAUUGUUCGCUUUAUGCACUGUCGAUAGUUUUUAAAAUCAGGUUUGUCCUAUGAAAAUAGUUCUUGCAGUGUUAAAUUAUUUAAGUUCAUUUAAUUGAUUAGAACGUAGCAGGAAAAAAUGAAAUUCUAACAGACACACAGAUGUUAAAUAUGCGAAUCUUGGUAAAAUUAUGAAAACACAAAAUCAUAAUCAAAAUACUGAUAAUUAAAUGAAUUCAAGAAUUAAAAGAAUUAGGUACCAAUAUUUUCAGAAAAUUUAUUAAUAAUACAAAAUGAGUAUUUCGAAAAAUUCUAUUAUUUAGACCAUAUAUUUUGUAAUGACAAAAGAGAAAAUAUUAUGACAAAUAUUGUAUUUUAUUUUUGUAAAAUUAGUUGUAGUAAUCGCCAGAAAAAAAAAUAUAUUGCAUUGCAAACAGUUAUCGACUAAAUUAAUAUUGGAUUAUACAGUGGUACAGUGAUUCAAACUAAACUAUCGAUGCACGUAAGCAUUUAAAUGUGUAAAAUGUCUCUUCACACUAUAAAUAAUUGUGCAACAGGAAAUUAAUUUCGAUUGAUAAGUGCUGACAGAUAUCAGAAUAAUUUUAUAUCUAAAGGUCUAUGUCCUAUGUACUGAUCGCUUCUUUUGAGCAUAGUAGCGACAACCAAGCUAAACGUGCACAGGGGUACGGGGAGACGUUCAUUCACAGCGCUUGGCCCGGUUGUUAUGGCGGCUCAGUUUUGACAUGGCCUUCUUAUUGGCCGAGUCGCGCAACAAAGAACACAAGCGAAACGAGAUACGAUAAGUGAAAUGUACGAACAUUGCCCCUGUGCACUUUUAAAUCUAUGGUCCCUAGUAUGCUUGGAAGGGGCGAACAGUACACGUUGAGCCAAACGAUGGAUUUGAGUCUUCUGAAGUUUCAUGAUAUACAUAUAUUGUAUUCAAACAAAAAAUGAAAAAGACUGAAACCCAUCGUUUUAGCGAUGUCGUGCCGCCGCAUGUCUCAACGUAUAGAGAGAUCUUAAGAAUUUCCCUGUACUGUUUUGCAAACAGGAAAUUACACUGUGGGUCUUUAAGCAUUUAUGGUACAUACGGAAUAUGAAAUACAAUAAAAUAAUUAAAUUAUCAAGAAUUAGUGAAGUUUCGAUAUUUUAUACAAGAUGAACUUUUUCUGAUUCUAAUCUUUAUGUAUGUAUUAUUGAAAAUUGAUAUUUGCAAAAAGAUCUGCAAUAUACGCUCAGUGGAAGAAACCGCCUCUUGGAAGCAAAGUUUAUUAAAAGAUUUAACUAUACUUACGCAGAAUUAAGAUACGCGGAUACGGGACCCGGCUCUACCUCGCAUACUGAAUUAACUGUAAACUGCGAACUGUUAUUUACGAAUACUGUUGAUUAUUGUCAAACAAAAAAGAUAUUUAUUUAACGGGUGAAGAUUUUUUAAAUGGCUCAAUUUGUAUAAAGGCACAUGAUGCUUAUUAGACCAAACGGAAUAAUACCACUUAGAAUAGCAAAUUAAUAUGUUAAGGAUUAAAAAAUAUAUUGUGUGAAAGGUGUAUCCUAUUUUUAUAAAAUAUAGAAACAUGACAUUCUGUAAUUUUUUGUAAACUAACUUCGAGGA